AGAUGUGAAACGAAAACCAAAACCACCACAGGAUUCCGAAUCCGUGCCCCUUUGAAGUCCCCUUCCCGUAGAACCCCUCAGAAUGCCCCAAGAGAACUGAGUACUCGUUUGUGCACGGACGUAGUUCACCCCCCAACCCCUUUUACCAGUGUGCCAUAUCUCGCACCGGUGCCCAUGGUGGCACCACGAGAAGUACGCCAACCAUCUGUGGUCCCCGCAGCACGCAGUUAGAGCUACGACGUGUAAUAGUAGGAGAGUCUAUCAUGCUCCCGCAAAAUAUGAGUGUGCGCGGGCGGCGCCACGGCUAGGUGGCCCGCUGGUUUUUCGCCGGUGCUCGUUUGGCAGUUGCUACGAUGCGGCUUCCCGGAGUGUCCCGGAGCGGGCUGCUGGUGGCCCUGACGACAUUGAGCUGCGGCGCGGCAUGGUGGUCCGGGACGAGCGGAUCCUGGCCCGAGGGGCUGUCCCGGCGGGCGCUGUUUGAGAGCUACCGGCGCUCGAUGCACCACUGCAGCACUUCCUCGACCGGUUGCGACCCACCGACAGCCGAGCAAAAGCACACCUGGACGGAGUCGCUGCUCCACGAAUCUGUGGCACACCUGCGGGUUUUGCAGAACGUCCUGCGGUCCAGUUUUGUCACCUUGACCAUGACCGCGUCACUGGUAGCCGCGGGAAUUAGUCUUGAUCUUCCCCGCCGCAAGGUCGCCGUGCUAUGCGUGACCCUCAUUCUGGCUAGCGGCGCCGCGACCGCAGUGGCGGACUUCCUAACCGAGCAGGCGGACUACGAAUUUCGAGUAUUGCUUCCGUAGUGUUCUUGCUUUGUUUAUUCCUAGUGCAAAAACUAUGAAAAUUACGUCUCCCGCUUCUACGGCAGUAAGCUUGCUUGAGUCUUUUUUUGCCAUGUCAGUUUCUGCGCGCAGACACAUGUGUCGUGUGUAGCGAAUGUAGUACGGCAAGGAAAAAGAGUACUUCGCCGAAUAAGUACUAGGAAGUGUUGCGCGGCGAUGGAGUGCUAGUUUCUAGUAAUCGGGUAGUUUGCAACACAACCAAAGAACAUGACAAACAAAACAGCUUCGGGAGCAGGAGACUGAAGCCCGGGAAGUGCGAGAGAGCCCAGAAGAGGAGCAAAUUGAGAUGAGUUCGCUUUACCAGCGCCGGGGUAUCUCCCUCGAGGAUGCGGAGAUGGUGACGAAGAUUCUUUCUAAGUACCCAGACUAUUGGGUGGGUCACAUGAUGGCGGAGGAGCUGCAGUUGCUUGCGCCCGAACCGAGCUCAAGUGCACGCGACUCCGAAGGAAGUGAAGUAGAUACCAGCUCGACGACAAGACGAACACUACUAGAGCGAUGCCUCGUGACUGCGCUGCUACAUUGCCUCCUCGGUUUGCUACCACUCUGUGCUUUGCUAGCAGAGCCUGCAGAAGUUGGGAGUAGUAGGAAAACAGUGGAUUGCUCCAAAGAGCUCCGCCCAAACCAAAAUGACAACGCAAAUAACGACAUCGGGGUACUAAAGAGAACACCCGCGGUCGCGAUCUCAUCUUCAUCUGGUACGAGAAAUUUGGCCCUUGCGAAGAACACUUCUACCGCGGCCCGGGGCAGACUAGCAGGAAAAGACGCGGGAGGCAUGACAUCCCCCGCAGGAUCGAUAGUGCGAUCAGGGCACAGAUCGCAUGGAGACGGUGCGCACGCGCCUGCCGAAGCAAGCAGCCAGGCAAAUAUUAACCCACUGCCAGCAAUAAAAGCCCCGGUAGGAGGAGAAAGCAACCCCUCGCCGGCGAGCCCCAUGCCGGUCUGCGUCCUGCUUCUCGUGUGCGUCCCCGGUUUCGUUCUUGUCGGAGUGAGCCUGGCGCAGGUGCUCGGCGUGGACGGACAGACGGACUUUGUAAUUGCCGUCGCAUCUGCAGGACUCGGCAUUGCGCUUUUCUGCAUGGUGUUCGGAAAAUUGGCUUCAGUCGGGACGACCGCACUUGCGAAAACGACAACCACCGGUCUUUCAUCCCUGUACCGGAUCCCCACGUUCGUGCUCGCCACACUUCUCACGGUCUCUGCAUUUCUCCUUUACUACUGGGCGGACGAAUUUCUCCUGGAGAGAAGCGACGCGCAGCAAGGCGAUCAUGCGGCGGAUCUUGCUGCAGCGACGAGAAGUACUAGCACCGGCGCUAGCGCAAUACUGAAUGCCGGUCGCACGACGUCGUAUUUUGCCGUUUUCGUCUCCAGCAUUGCAUGCUGUUUGUGCACGGGACUGGGCUGCAUUCCGUUCUUCUUCUUCCCGGAAAGUGUGUCCUCCGGGAAGAUCGCCGUCGCGAACCUCAUGGCCGCCGGAAUUAUGGUCGCGGUCAGUUUUGAACUUUUGCAGGAGUCGCACGAGAUCUUUUCGGACGCGACCGAAAACAUGGGCAUCACGAGGAGAAUAGCAGCGUCUGUGCUCGCGUCCGAUCUGCUUCCCCUUAUCACGGAACUUGAUUUAUUUCCCCUAUCGUGGAGCAGCACGUUGUCGUCUCACGAAGCUGCCUCCGCAUCGGCAACCGCGAGUAGUUCUGUACCGCCUGCUCGUGAUAGAAUUGCCAGCUCCUUCGGCGCAGACGCUUUGACGGCCUUUGGUACUGAUGCGGUUUCCUACGCGGAUGUUUUGGUGGGCUUCGCAAUCGGGAUUUUUUUCAUCUGCAAUUUGGAGCACGUGGUCAGCACCGACCAGAGCCCGGCCGAGCUGCUCCGCAGUUUCGUUUCCUCACCGGUCACCUCACCACCACAGGCCGAACCCGCAGCAGUGAUCGAUACCACAAACAAAACGGCAACCUCGACGGCCCUGCCCGGGACCAACAACAACAAAACCGUUGGCGGCACAAAAAUUACCAGCAGCCGAGGGCCCACGUCUAGGACCGACCCCAUACUUUCUUCGCGCGUUGGACCGGGAAUAAAGACUGUGCCCGCCACGGCGACCCCUGUGCCCUCCGCGGAAGUAGAUGCAUCCGCACGCAAAUUGGCGAACAAGCGCAGGCUGUUUCUCUUUCUCGCAAUGUUUUUCCACUCGUUUGCGGAAGGGGUUGCCAUUGGGGUCAGCUUCGCGGGCACGGAGCCGGCGCUCGGGUACUUUAUCGUCCUCGCCCUGGCGCUGCACAACAUCCCCGAGGGUUUGGUCAUUGGUUUGACACUGUGCACCGCGACGUCAAGUAGUACCUCGUCCACGAGGACGAGCGAGAACGUAGCGGAGGCCACGUCGUCCACGCCGGGCGAAGCGAUGUUCUUCGCGAUUCUGAGCUCCUUUCCCCAGCCCGUCAUGGCGGUGUUCUCGCUCGCGGCCGUGCACGUCGCGCGCGUGCUGCUGCCCUACGGUCUCGCUUUCGCCGCCGGCGCCAUGGUCUACGUAAGUUACGAGGAACUUUGGAAGGAGGCCCGGGCGGUGCUGUCGCUGCCCGCGAGUCUCGCGUGUCUCUGCUCCAGCUUCGCGGGCAUGCUUUUGCUGCAGCAAACCUGGCUCUCACCAAGUCUGUUCCGGUAGCACAUGGUGCACCGCGCUUGGACGUGUCGUGAUCGGCAAAGCUAGUGGGUGCGCGAAAUUUUAAUUUUUUUUGCCGAACAUGCCUGUAAACGUCAACGUAAUGCAACGAUAAAGUAUAAAACAAAAACUCCACGACCUGUAAUAGUUCAGCGUCCAUUCGCUCUGUUUCUUUGAUCCAAGAAGGCUAUCGGAUUUCAUCACUAUUUUGCAGCGAAAUAACGUAGGCGAAACACCUGUCUUGUAGCGCAUUUAACAGCACUCAAAUUUACUUGUUACAGCAGUUGGAGGUUCAUUAUCCAAGAUGAAGUGAACUGUAGAGCAAGUCCAUUAGGAAUACUUACUAGUUGCAUGCGUAUCGCAUGAAGAGACCUCGGGGUUUGCAUGGACAAAACGCUACUUUGAGUCGUGACUCAAGGAGAGAAAUGAAUUGGGUGAAAGUCAAUACACAGUACGACUCGCGAAAAACGUUUGUCCGC